AUGAAUUUUAUUGCACAUGAAGUAAAUGAAAACCAAAGGUGUAUUGAAGAAAUCUGCAUCUGCUGUGGCAGCUUCCAGAUUCAUACCCAGCAUCCCUUGUUUCACGGAGGAAUUUGUACUCCAUGCACGGAGAACUUUCUGGAAACCUUUUUCCUGUACGAUGAGGAUGGCUUUCAAGCUUUUUGUACGAUCUGCUGCUCAGGGAAGACUCUGCUAAUGUGCGAUGAUCCAACUUGUAAUAGGUGCUAUUGCCUGGAGUGUCUGGAUGUUCUUGUAAGUCCUGGUACUGCAGAGAAAGUUAAAGCAACGAAUACCUGGCUGUGUUUCAUGUGCCUCCCCUUGAGUUCACAUGGGUUGCUGAAGAGGAAGAAGAGAUGGCGUGUGAAACUGAAGUGCUUCUAUGAUCAGGAAUCUGAAAACCAUCUUGAGAUUUAUCAGCCUUUAUCCGCAUGGGAACGAAAGCCAAUCAAUGUUCUCUCCCUUUUUGAUAAUAUUACCACGGAGAUGAAAAAUCUUGGAUUUUUGGGCAGCAGCUUGGGGGAUGGCAGGCUGACAUACUUAGAUGAUGUCACCAAUGUUCUGAGGACAGAUGUAAAAGAAUGGGGUCCUUUUGAUUUCAUAUUUGGUUCCACUCCUCCGGUUGGAAAUUCCUAUGAACACCCUCCUGCUUGGUACUUCUAUCAAUAUCACCGCAUCCUACAAUACGGGAAACCCAGAGAGAGCAGUCAGAGGCCAUUCUUCUGGAUGUUUGUGGAUAAUCUGGUGCUGGAAAAAGAAGACAGAGAGACAGCUUCGCGAUUCUUUCAGACAGAGGCAGUGACUAUCCACAGGAAACAUGCAGAAACUGUCCAGAAUGCUGUAAUCUUAUGGAGCAACAUACCAUCUGUUAAGAGGUGA